AUGAAGAACACAUCCACCCACACAACCGAGAUCGACGACGACCUCGACCAACUGCUACGCCAGAUGGCCGAGGACACGUCAAGGAUGAACGACUUUAUUGGCUUCAUGCUGACAGAGAACCAAACACCCGAGCUGCGCCCCAUCAACCUCGUGCCCUCGACAGUGACGCUACAAGCCAAAGCAUCCCUCACCACCGAGAAGGGACCACCUCGCGUCUCGAGACGCCGAGCCAUCAAGCCACCUCGGUCGGCCACGGCGACAAGUGAUCGAGAGCCCUCCAAC